GACUGGCUCCGCCCACGCAGGCGACCGCUGGGGGUUCGAAGGGCCCGCCCCUUCCGAGGAGCUUCCCAAAACCCAGCGCGGCAGUCCGCAGCCGCACUAAGAUGGCGACUCCCAUGCAUCGGCUCAUAGCUCGGAGACAAGCUGAAGCAAAUAAGCAACAUGUAAGAUGUCAGAAAUGCUUAGAAUUUGGACAUUGGACUUAUGAAUGCACAGGAAAAAGAAAAUACCUACAUAGGCCUUCAAGAACAGCAGAACUAAAGAAAGCUUUAAAAGAAAAAGAAAACAGAUUAUUAUUAUUACAACAAAGCAUCGGAGAAACUAAUGUAGAAAGAAAGACGAAGAAAAAAAGGUCUAAGAGUGUCACCAGUUCCAGUAGCAAUAGCAGUGACAGUUCAGCCAGUGAUUCCUCAUCUGAGAGUGAAGAAACAUCUACCUCAUCCUCCUCAGAGGACAGUGACACCGAUGAAAGUUCCUCCAGUUCAUCGUCUUCAUCCUCCUCCACGAGCUCUUCCUCGUCCUCUGAUUCAGACUCAGAUUCUAGCUCUUCCGGUAGCAGCAGCACCAGCACAGAGAGCAGCUCCGAGGAUGAACCACCAAAGAAGAAGAAAAAGAAAUAGAAUCACUCCGUCCCUAUUGGACUGCCGGACUGAACACAUCAGUGUGAUUCUCGAAAGGGAAUUUAGAUCGUGUUAAGGCCAAACAGGUUAACCAGUCAACAUUUCUAGAGUUUGGAAGUUUCUAAAUGUUUUACACAUUAUAAGAGCAUAAAGAGUAUUAAUAAUGGAUUAUAUAUGUAUGUGUGUGUGUGUGCGCGUGUGUAUAUAUAUAUAUAUAUAUAUAUAUAAGACUUUUUUUAUUUUAAGGGUAAAUCUCGUUUUUCUUUUUUAUCUUUAAUAUAUAUCUCUAAAACUUAAAGCUGAAUCCAGUAAAUCUGUUAUUGUGAUGAAACUUUUCUUUUCUCCCUGUGAAAUGAGUGCCACACUUUGUUACAUGCUAGUGCUACGUAUCAGACAUGUUUUCAGGAUAAUGAACCACAAUGUCUGGCAGUGAAUUUCUCAUGCUUUUGGCUGUGUUAUUAUGGAAGAUUUACUACCUUGUUACUAUAAACUUAGAGGAGUUUUCCUCUUAAUAAAUGUGCUCGAUUUUUAUGUUUAUGUUCAGAAGGUUAUUGUGACUUCUUAAAUGAAAAGCUCAAGGAACCUAUUAAUAUAUUUAUGCCUUUUCAGUCGUACAAGUGUCCACUUACUGUGUUAUGUCAUUCGUUUUCUUCUGGUUCUUAGAGUUACUCUUGUCUGAGGAAAAUCAAUCUAGAGGAACCUAAAAAGGAACCAAAAUUCUGAAAGUACUUAGGAGUCCAAUCUUGGUGCCUUUUGAUAAGUUGUAUGUAUCAGAAAAGAGUCACUUAAAAGUUUAAUUUAAAUAAAGUGAUAUAAAUAUCUUUGUGUGUUAAUAUGCUGUAAAAGGUAGGAGAGGAAAAGGAAGAGGAAGAAAGGUAAUUGUUACCAAAACUUAGGGCGAUGUUGGUUGCCUUUUAUUAAGUUUUUCUAAGCAUUCAUAAAGAUUGCCUUUUAUUAUUUUAUUAUUAUUUUUGCCAUUGUGAUUUGACAGUUCAUGGCAACUGGUCAUAUCUGGCGAUCUACUGAGUAAAUACAAAUGACUUGGAUUAAUCUCAUGUGUUUACAUAGCAUAGACACCGUUGAAAUGUAGCAUGUAAGAUUAAAAAGAAAUACUGCACAAUAUUUCUUAAAAGUGAUAUACUCUGCUGUGGUGAAAUUAUUUAGUUGUGCAUGACAUCAUUCUAUGAUGUCUUUUAAGCUUUUUGGAAAGAGGUAUCGUUUGUAGAAAAAUCUUGACUUGAGCUAAAUAAGGGUUUUUAAAACUAUGAAUGUUGUCUUUUUUAUAUUUUUAUGAGAAAGUAGAAAACUGCUUUUGAAAAAAUGAGCUUCUAUUUAAGUGUUGAAAUACACGUAUGUUGUAAGUUUAAGGAGCCUGUAACUCCUUGUAUGUUUUAUAGAACCAGCUGUUUUCAGUGAUUGUAAAUAAACUCUCAAAACAUCAUUUUAAAGGCUCCAUACAGAACAUAUCAAUUGACAGGUAGAUUUAGUAAAUUACUAAUUAAUCCCAUUUUACAAUGGUAGUCUCUAUAAGGGCAUUUUUAGCAGUUAAAGAACUUGGAAGAGAAAAGAAAAGUGUACUUAGGUUGCAACACUUGGAAUUAAAUAAAACUCGUUUGUGCUCACGAGCUCAA